AUGGAUUUUCAGGAGGAGAUGAUGAAAGAAUGGCUCUGCCUCAACUGCCAGACACAGAGAGCCAUGUCUGGCCAGCUGGGAGACGUGCCACCUCCAAACAUGGCUUCCCCAAAGAAGCAAACACCUGCUCCUGCUCCCUCCUCCACCCCUGCCCCUGCUGCUGUAGAUAGGAAACCUGUAGUAGAAGCAGCAGACCUAACCCCACCAGCUCCUGAUACCAAGGUAAAAACAUUGGAGACCUUGAAAGAGCCUGCAGGGAAGGAUAUGGUUGCAAUGGAUAGCAGUCCCACCAGCCCAUCAGACCUAGCUAAGCUGGAAAGCUCAGUCCUUCCAAUUCUUGAGGCAAAGGCAACCACGCAACAAAAUGAUGAUGAUGAGGAGGAGAAACUAACAGACACUUUAAAGUCCAGACGUAGAUUAGAGGUGCUUCCUCUCUCACUAGACUCCCCAAGCUCAGAAGAUGACAGAGAACUUUCUGAUAAGAAUGCCAAAGGCUCCACAAAGAAAAAGCUUCUUGUGCCCAUGGAUGUCAGGACAGAUUCGCUGGAUGAUAGCAGUGAAAGCUUUGGGAAGGAGAGCCCAAUGUCUGGGGAUGAUGAGGACUUUAUUCGAAAACAGAUCAUCGAAAUGAGUGAGAAUGAAGAUGCUUCCCCGUCUGAUGAGGAAAACCUGAUCCAGCGUAAGAUCAGAGAUCAUGAGAAGAAACAAAUGGAGAAGAAGACAACAGAGGCAGUAGAGCGGAGUUCAUCAGGAAAAAACCGAAGACUUACCAAGAAAAGCACAAUAAGUCCAGAUGAUGAAGAAGAUAAACAACUCCAUGGCUCGUUGGAUAAACCUGAUAUAGACAAAGAGGUGGGACAAGAACAAAAAGAGUCUCAGAGUGGUACUGGAGUUCGCCAAUUCCAAACUAUGGAGCUGAAUUCUACCAGCAGCCCAAUACGCAUACCUAACGAUGGAGAGCCUGAAAUGGAAAGCCUUACAGACUCUCCUGAUGAUCGAUCUAGAGGUGAAGGGUCGUCCAGUCUACAUGCUUCCAGCUUCACUCCUGGGACAUCCCCAACAUCCAUUUCAUCACUGGAUGAAGACAGUGACAGUAGUCCAAGCCAUAUCCGUUCUGGUGAGGGUAAACAACACAGGAAAGCCAAACACAGACAACCUGGUCAAGUGCUGCCAACUAUCGAAGACUCUUCUGAGGAAGAAGAGUUACGAGAAGAAGAGGAGCUACUCAGAGAGCAAGAAAAGCAGAAGGGCUCUGGGAAGAAAUCUAAGAAAGACAAGGAAGAGAUUCGUGCCCAGAGGAGGCGAGAGCGUCCAAAGACGCCACCAAGCAACCUUUCCCCCAUUGAAGAUGCCUCACCAACAGAAGAACUGAGGCAAGAGGCUGAGAUGGAGGAAAUCAGGCGAUCAUCUUGCUCAGAUUUCUCCCCCAGUAUUGAAUCAGACUCUGAAGGAUUUGAAAUCCACCCCUCAAAGAUUGCAGCAGUUCAGAAAACCUAUCAACUGCCUCUAUCAGUAUCUCUUCACUCCCCUUCAGAUGAUAAAUCGAAGAACAAAUCUCUCAAAUCUGCUGAUGAGGCUUACGAGGAAAUAAUGCUAAGGGCGAAGUCUCCAACACUUGAGCAAGGUGAGAUUCAACCCGGAAAAGAGUCCAUUUAUGGAGGCAUGCUUAUAGAAGACUACGCUUAUGAUUCACUUAUUGACAAUCCAACAACUGACCUUAGGGAGCCAGAAAAGAUUGCUGUUCCUUCUCAGCCCAAACCACUGAGAUCACCAGAUGAAGUUUAUGAAGACAUGAUUAAAAAGAGGCAGGAAUUCAUGAAGCUGGAGCAAGAAUAUGAAAAAAUUCAGCCUAAAAAGGAAAACACUUAUCCAGAAAUUGUGUUGCAACCUGCUGAGAAUACAUUCUCCAAAAGCAGCGAAGUAACCUUAGGCGCAGAUGGGAAGCCAUUGUUGGAUGCUGAAACUGCCUAUGAAGAGCUAAUGAAAAAAGUGCUGACUCCUGGAACAAGUCCAACUCAGCAGGAUCCAGAAGUGGAAGCCACUGCUUAUAGAAAGGCACUCCAUCCCAUUCCAGACUUAAGGGUGACGCAAUGCUCUUCAGGAGAAUUGUCUUCUGAUGACGAGAGUAUGAUAAAAAAGGAAAAAGGUACAACUGCAGUAUCAGGCACAACAUCAGCUAUGGAAACUGACCCUGUAACAGUGUCCGAGUGGCCCCAAUCAUCCACAUCAGAUCAACAACCUCAAACCACAAUUGCUGAAUUACAGGAUGAUGUUGUUGACUUAUCCAGUGCACUCCCAAAAACAUCAGCCACUGUAAUUGCCAGUGUUUCACCCCUGCCCACAGUCCCACAGUACACACCGAGUAUUCCUAGCGUAGUCUCUACUGCCCCACCUCUACCCCCUAAGCCAAGUGUCCUGUGUAGGGCUAAUUCUCAGGAAAAAGCAGAAGUACCUGUUCCACCACCACUGCCUCCUCCAACUCCACCAAAACCUACAGUUUUUCCAAGGAAAGCCCCAGUUCCACUUCCACCUCAGGCUUCAGCAACUCCAAUGAGGCCAGAGAUAGGGGCAGUGACUGCAGCCCAAGGACCUCCUACAAGACAAGCAGUGACACCAAUGUACAAGCCUCAUGUUCCUCCCCCUGUUGCCCCAAAGCCAUCCAUUCAUUCACCAGGACAUUGUGUCAAACCACCAAUUGCACCAAAGCCUGGCUCCCAGCCUUCUUCACCUGCCCAUGCCCCAUAUCCAUCCAGACCCUCUGUACUUCCCACUGGUCCUACUGAAAUGACUGCUCUAAAUCUGAGCCCUUCUUCUGAGAGUAAGCAUUUCCAUCCCUCGCCAAAGUCACCUUCUUCUCCAAGAUACACCAGGAAUCUACGUGACACAUAUGUAGUUAUUACACUGCCAUCUCAGCCUAGCUCUCCUGUAGAAGGUAUUUCCACUAUGGCUCCUUCUAGCCCUGGCCCAGCAUCCCCUUCACACCAAGCUCAGCCCCAAAGUUAUCACCAAGCACAGCCUCAACAUAAUUCAAAUCCACCGCAACAUCAACAACCAAUCCCUCCUCAAACAACCAGGGUGCCUCUGGCAUAUACUCGAUUCACAGAAUCCAUUGAAAGUCAAGAGAUUUGUGGCCCAGAAAAACAUGUAUCUAGUUCUUGUCACAUAAUUGAGGCUAUAUCUGCCUCAACACAGCCACCUGUGGUUAUGCCUAACCUGAUCUCUCAAGUAGUCACCACCGAAGUCCAAAGGACCACUGUCUCUGUUGUUCAUGAAAGGACAACACCACCAGUACCAGCUCCAAGGGCAAAUGGUGUCCCAAUCUCAAUGGAGAAACUUAAGCCCCAAUUGCCAGCACAAAAUGGACAGGCUGUCCAACCCUUUGAGGUGGUGGAUCUUAGGACCGUUAAGGUUGAUCAAGCUUCAGAUAUGAAUGGUGUGGAUCUAUCUGCUGGCCCAGACUCAAGACGUCAGACUUUUCCAACUGAAAUCAGUCGCCAAAACAGUGCAGUGCAGUCACCUGUAGUCAACCUUAGUGCUGAAUCAUCCACUGUUUCUAUAGUGACUGAUAGUAUCACCAUUGUGACCUGUGCUGCCACAAUCCAGCAAUGUGACAAUGUAGACACCUCUCUAGUAUCUUCAGGUCCUCUCGAGCUAACAAAAGUCAAAGCUUUUGAGCCUGUUUCUCAAAUUAUAUAUCGACCAAUUGAUUAUCAGCGCUCCACUAAUGUUGGUACCGAGAUUCCUAUUAACCUAUCAGUUGGAUCAAGUACAGGUGGAGGAACUUUCCAGACCCCCCCUGUCACUAUUGCACCCACUUAUAUAGCGAGUUGUGCUGCAAAUGGAUUAACUACGGGAACAACCACAGUGGCAGGAGCUGUUGACCUAAGCACAACUAAACCAUUCAACACUAUGGUAUCAAUGGAUGCUGCUUCUGCAGAGAUGGUCACAGCUGUAAUCACAGAUGAUGACGGCAAACCAGUGGAUCUGACUGCAGGAAAAAAAGCAGUAUGCUGUGAUGUCAUGUUCCAAAUCCCAUUUGCAGGAAGCUGCACUUCUCAACAACCUACCACACCUCUACCUGAAGAUCGUUUUGGAUAUCGGGAUGACCAUUACCAGUAUGACAGAUCACCUUACAGCAUGAGAGGUUUUGGUGGAAUUAAACCUUCAAUGUCCGAGACAAACUUAGCAGAAGCUGGUCUGUUCUUUUACAAAAGUAAGAACAGCUAUAAUUUCAGUGGCACAACCGAGGGUGCAGUAGAUCUUACCUCGGCAAAGAUUUCUGAUGCAGGUGAAGCUGUUGACUACUCCAAGAAAGGGGCUUAUGCAGGAAUGACAAUUCCACCAUAUUCCCAGACCAGAGUCACAAGUGCUGUUGGUACACUCUUUGGUACAAGCAGUGUCUUGAGGUCAUCAAAUGGCGUGGUCUAUUCCUCUGUUGCAGCACCAAUCCCAUCAACGUAUGCCAUUACCAACCAACCUGGGUCCAUCUUUAGCACAUCAUACAACUCUCUGUCAGGUAUGCAUACCAGUGACACUAUGCCCUCCCUGUCCAACCUCCAGAACUUGCCACUUACAAGAUCCCACAGUUUCCUGUCGACUAUCUCCAUUACUGCAACGGAAGAACAAGGAGAUGCCCCACUUAAUCUAGAGAUCUCAAGAAGGGGUAGCAUUGCUGGUGUCACCACAUUACCAGCUUCCUUAUCCCUUGACACUUACACUGAUGCAUCGCUAGAAGCAAUAGCGGCUUCACUGGAAGCUCUGUCUUCACCCAUGGUUCCUGGGGAUGGCCAGUAUCAGGCAGAGCGUGAGAGGCUAGAGAUGGAGAAACUGAAUCAACAGCGCCUGGCUGAGGAAUUAGAGUGGGAGCGCCUGGAGAUUCAGCGAUUCCGAGAGCACGAACAGGUCUUGGUGCAGAAGGAACUGGAGGAGCUGCAGUCCAUGAAGCAGCAUAUCCUGAACCAACAAGAAGACGAAAGACAGGCCCACCUUAUGAUGCAGAAAGAAACAUAUGCCCAGCAACAGCAGCAGCUUGAGCAGAUUCAAAGACUCCAAGAGCAACUGCGCAUGCAGCUGGAAGAGCAAAAGCUUCGUCAGAUGUACCCAGGUGGGGACAUGCCCGGUCACGGUGUGCAGGAGGCAGUUGUUUUGGGACCUGAUGGCACAGUGCUGUCUCGAAAGAUCACGGAUAGUGGGUGCCAGACAGAUGACGAGGAUGAGACAGUUAGUAAAGCUUACACUGCAGGUAGAAAAAAGAAGAGUGCUAAAAAGAGUGUUGACAGUUGUGUGCAGACUGAUGAUGAAGAUCAAGACGAAUGGGAGGCUGAGACCAGAAACCGUCAAAGCCGGCCACGCACUGCCAGGGGUGAUAGGGGUGGGCAGUCAGAUAUGUCUUUUAAAGCCCACACUGAGAUUUCUAUACAAACAGAUUCUGAGGGGAACAUUAUAAUGGACACCAGGAUGGAGCUGUCUGACUCUGAAAGGACCUCACCUAAGAAACGACCUACCCCCUUGGAAAUAGGCCAGUCUUCUAACCUCAAAGUUGAUUCCUCCACACUAGCACCUUCUAAAUCUGCCAACGUACUCUAUUCCCCAAUAUCUCCCUGUAUAUCCCCUAGCAAAUCCCUUGAGUUCGUGUCCUAUGAGAAAAAACUGGGUGAUACAAGCCCACAAAACCUAAAGGGGAGUCCAGAUCCAGCAAGUCCCAGGGGACAAAAAGGCAUGCAGAGAUCCAUGUCUGACCCUAAGCCCGUGAGCCCAACAGGAGAAGAAAGGGGAACCUCUGGGGAUAGCUACACUGGGAAAAGCUCAGGUAGCACACCAACAGGCACUCAAAAGAAGGUGAAGAGGACGCUUCCCAAUCCACCGUCAGAGGAUGAGUCAACAACAACUGGUCAGACAGCAUACACCACUGGUUCGGCCCGCCGAAGAAUGUGCCGCAAUUCCAACAUGGCACGUGCCAAGAUACUGCAAGAUAUAGACCGUGAGCUGAAUCUAGUGGAGCGUGAGUCUUCAAAACUCAGGAAAAGACAAGCAGAGCUGGAUGAGGAGGAGAAAGAGAUUGAUGCCAAGCUCAGGUAUUUGGAGAUGGGCAUUAAUCGUAGAAAAGAUGUCCUACUGAUGGAGAGAGAGAAGAGAGAAAGGGCCUACUUACAGAGUGUUGCUGAGGAUAGAGACUACAUGUCAGACAGUGAGGUUAGUAACAUCCGAGAGACAAGAGGUGGGCUUGGAAGUGAAGAUGUUGAGAUUGAAAGUCAUGGUCUUGAACGUCCCAGGACAGCUCCCCAGGCAGAAUUGGAUGAGUUUGUCCCACCUCAAACCAAGCAUGAGUAUGGAAAAUACUCCCAGUACCAAUACAAUCAAACCCAAUACCAGCAGUCUCUCUACCAGACUCCUCAGUCCUACCAAUCUCACUCUCUGUACUCCUCUGUCCCCUCGCUCACCAGCGCCCAGCAGCAGAGUUACCACCAGAUGCUUCUGUUGCAGCAGAAAGCCGCUAGACAAGCAGCCCUCCUCUCAGAGCUGGAUGCAGCUAAAUAUGAAGUCAUUAGCCGCCAACCUGAUCCCACAUCAUCAGCUUUCCUGGGGGUCAAGUAUGACAAAUAUGGCAACCACCUUGACCUCAGAGCGUUGGAUGUGGGAAAUAUGGCACGUAGCCCAAUGUCAGCUGUCUCUGAUUCCUAUUACACCGAUGUAGAUCAUCAUACACCUAGGAGUUACAUGUUGCUAGAAGAUGCUGCAGAACUUGCUAAGGGUUCCACAGGUAUGUCUUCAUCUUACAGUCUGGCGGAGAGGGAGCUGGCCAAAGCAGAGAAGCUUCUGCGUAGGAGUGCUGCAGAUCUGGGAUCUACUGACUAUCUGGGAUCCACCUCUAGACUCCAUACUUAUGGAAAGACCCCUGAUGAAGAGGAUACAAUGGAGGAACCCUAUGAACUGAAACUACUAAAGCAACAGCUCAAGCAAGAGUUUAGGAGAAGUACAGGUGGGACAGAAAACUUGGAACAACUGACAGGGCUGUCACAACACUACUAUACCCCAAGCUCGAGCGUCUCUAGUUACUCCCAAAGAAACUAUCCAAAGACAGACAAGUACAGCAUCAGUCGACUUACUCUAGAGAAGCAAGCAGCUAAACAACUCCCGGCAUCGAUGUUGUACCAAAAACAUAAGACUCCAUUGAUAGAACCUAAGAUCUCCUCCAAGUAUUCCUCUAUUCCAGAUAACAGAGGCUUGGAGACAGACUAUAACUAUCUUGGGUCUACCAGUGCAUCAGCAAGAGCCAGCCGGCUCUCUCAAGAUGAGAUCACCUUUGGCCUUCGUAAGAAUAUUGCAGAGCAACAAAAAUACCUGGGGUCCACCUUGGGUGCCAACUUGGCUGGGUCAUUAAACCUGGGCCAGAGUUUAGGAUUGGACUCUGCAUAUCCCAGUGGUAGUCGCUCAAGACCCUCAUCCAGGCCCACAUCUUGCUAUGGGUUGGACUUGUCUCUCAAAAGAGACCCUUCCAGCUCUUCACUGAGGCUCAAAGGGGACGGGGAAUCAUCUGGAGAUGUACCAAGCUAUCAAACCCCCUCUGGCCGCACCAAACCUACCAGCCUUCCCAUUGUACAGAGUGGCCGUGGCCGAUUACCCAUAGUGGCCCAGAACUCAGAAGAAGAGAGUCCGUUGAGCCCUGUUGGGCAGCCAAUGGGCAUGGCCCGUGCCUCAGCGGGACCUCUGCCACCUAUAUCAGCAGAUUCAAGGGACCAGUUUGGUUCCUGCCUGUCCUUGGAGGACUCCCAGCAGCAGCAACUUAUCAGGGAAGAGCCAACCAGGGGUAGGGGUUAUGUGCUGAUGGAUGACCUUCAAGGCACCAUGUCAGAUAGUGAAGCCCUAAGUGAUUCGCUGAUGGCUUUGAACAGAGACGACGCAACCAAUGCCUACCACCUUAGACGAGAGGAGACCGACUGGUUUGACAAACCUAGAGACGGCCGUUCAGAGAAUGGCCAAGAGAAGAGACAGGGAAAAGGCCCAUACUACCCCUUCCCUCACCUCAGGGUCAAACUGCAGAGGGAUCCCAAAGAUCGCAGUGUCUCAGGAAAUGGUCUGGGUAUCCGUGUGGUUGGAGGGAAAGAGGUCCCUGCAAGUAAUGGAGACAUUGGAGCCUAUGUAGCUAAAGUCUUACCAGGUGGAGCUGCAGAACAAACAGGAAAGAUUCUUGAAGGAAUGCAAGUCCUGGAGUGGAAUGGUGUUCCUCUGACGGGGAAAACCUAUGAAGAGGUUCAAGGGCUCGUCGGGCAGCCGUGCAAUGAAGCAGAAUUGUGUGUCAGACUUGAUCUCAACAUGCUGUCCGAUUCUGACGGUUCUGAUCACCUGGAUUUCCAGGAGCACAGCAAAGGUGACAGACCCCCCAGGUCUCCAGGUGUUGACCCUAAGCAGCUGGCAGCUGAGCUGCAGAAGGUGUCCCAGCAGCAGGCCCCCUCCUCCACCUCUUCCUCCGGCCUGCUCCCCACCACCUCCGCCACCUCCAGCCAGCCAGGGUCUCCCUCCAUCAGCAAGAAACGCCACAGCAGCAAG